CCUUCGGGCGCUUCGUUAAGCUCGCGAAGACCGCCCUUGCGUGUUAACCAGUGAUCACACACCCACACACAGUCCUCUUGUCGUCAGCUCGGGGUCUGCAAGGAUGCUGACGAAGAUAUGCCUCCUGCUGACGCUACUGCUGGGGGUAGUGUCAGCUCAGGUGGUCACUGAUAGAUCUGAGUGCCGUGUCUGCGGCGCCGGGUGCCAGUCGGUGGCCCGCUCGGACACCUCGUGCCCGAUCUGCGUUUGCGACGGCGUGGCGCUCCCUGACUGCCCCUUGCAAGGCCCUUGUGCCCCCGGAUGCAGGGAUGCCCGAGACACUGACGGAUGCCGCCGCUGUGACUGCCAGCGCCCCGAUACCCAGGUAUGCCCCGCCCUCCCUCCGUGCCCCGAGGAGUGCCAGAGGAUUCAGGGCGGCGACGGAUGCCCGACGUGCGUCUGCGGCGACGAAGGGACCCGCGUGUGCCCCGCCGUGGCGUGCCCGAGGGAAUGCUCCUUGGAGAUCGGCGGGGACGGGUGCCAGCGGUGCCAGUGCGAGCGCCCCGGGUUCUGCCCCGCCCUGCGCCCCUGCCUGAGGGGCUGCAUCGAGAGGGACGUCGAGGCCGACUGCUUCUCCUGCAACUGCUCGCUGCCUGACGAAGACCCCGUUGGUCAGCCGGAGCCCUUCGGCCCGGAGCCUUUCGGUCCUGGCGCCUUGGGUCCCUUGGGUCCAGGACCUCUAGGCCAGGGGCCCCUUGGGGGGAGGAGGCCCUUCGAGAACCCUUUCGACAGGCCUUUUGGCAGUCCCUUCGGCAGGCGCCCCCCCUUCCUGGGCGGUCCCUCGAGGCCAUUCCCGCGGUGCCCCUCCCAGCCCCGCCGCUGCCCCCGCGGCUGCCGCAUGGCCAUCACCGCCGAGGGCUGCCGCCAGUGCAUGUGCGGCGACGAUGCCUUCCUGUGCCCUGGCGUCCGGAGGUGCCAGAGCCGGUGCCUCUUCCUCAGCCCCGAGGACCGCUGCUGCCGCUGCGAGUGCCCGAACCAGCGCCCCCGCGGCCGCCCCAGCGUCCGGAUCGAGCCCUUCAUCGGGUCCCUCGGCCCCUUCAGGCCCAACGUGCUUAGGAUCGGCAUUCUGAGGCUAACGCCCUCGGGAGCGCCCGGGGACGUGGCUCCGGGAGACGUCGAGGUCAUAGGUCGUGACCGCACCCCGCCGUUUGCCGAGCGACCUGUGCGGCCAGCUGAAGCUCCCAGGCAACCAGCUGGAGCUCCCAGGCAACCAGCUGGAGCUCCCAGGCAACCAGCUGGAGCUCCCGUGCAGCCAUCUGAGGAGCCCUCGCGACGGGAUCGCUUUCCAAAUCAGCCGGAAGUUCCCAGGCAGCCGGAUGCAGCUCCAGCUCCACCAGCCGAAGCUCCAGAACAGACAGCGGAACUCCCCGCUCCACCAGCUGAAGUUCCCAUGCAACCAGAUCCUGCCCCGCCAGCUGACGCUCCUGCAGAUCCAGCUGAAUCCCCAGAGCAACCAGCUGAACAACCCGCCCAACCAGCUGAACAACCCGCCCAGCUGAACAACCCGCCCAACCAGCUGAACACCCCGCUGAACGACCCGCCCAACCAGCUGAACAACCCGCCCAACCAGCUGAACAACUUUUAUAAACAUAACCAGAAUAGACCGAUUCACCGGUCUGCGAAUACCCUUUGA